AUGGGUUAUCAGCCUCACUGUCCAAUAUUUUUAUCAAGUGUUAUCUUUUUUUUUUCAGUAUUAUGUGCGAAGAAUGUAUGCAAAAGAGACUUUUUCCGUUUACCUGAUGCAUUUGCGAAAGUGGUGGUAGAUGGAUCAGGCCAAUGUCAUUCCACUGGUACCUGUAAGGGUACGCUAGACCCUAAAUGGAAUCAACACUAUGAUUUAUUUGUUGGUAAAAAUGACAGUAUUACAAUAAGUGUAUGGAACCACCGGAAAAUCCACAAGAAACAGGGAGCAGGAUUCCUUGGGUGUGUACGGAUACUCUCCAAUGCCAUACAAAGGCUCAAGGAUACAGGAUACCAACGCUUAGAUCUUUGUAAACAAAGUCCUGAUGAUAACGAGACUGUACGUGGUCAAAUCGUGAUUAGCUUAAUGUCUCGUGAUCGUGGAGCAUCUUCCGGUAGUGCCGUAAUCGACUCCAGGAGCAUCUGUCCCUCUUUACCACCAACAGACCCAAAUGAGCUCCCAGAGGGAUGGGAAGAGAGAGUGUCCACUUCAGGGAGAGUGUAUUUUGUAAACCAUUUCUCUCGAUCUACACAGUGGGAAAGACCAACAAGACCAGCUAUAGAGUCUGCGGGUAGUAGUAGUAGCUCGAACCAUUACCACAACUCAUCCAGGCCUGCACACCAUGCACAAAGACCACGACGCAGUGAAGAAAGCAGCUCACAUUCUUCAGUCAGGAGGCAGUCUUCACGAUUCAGAAAUUACCAAAAUAGAUCAACACUUCACCAGACGUUGGACCUACCUGAAGGCUAUGAGCAAAGAACAACAGCACAAGGGCAGGUAUAUUUUCUAGACACUACAACAGGACUGAGCACAUGGCACGAUCCACGACUGCCACGUGACUUAGCAAUACGAGAGGAAGAGCUUGGAACAUUACCACACGGCUGGGAGGCCCGUCGGACUCCGAGCAGUCGUGUGUACUUUGUAGACCACAAUAACCGUACAACACAAUUUACCGAUCCCAGACUAAAUGCAGAGAUCAUUAACCGAGCUCUGACUGAGAGAAAACGUGGUGAAAGCAACUCCCCACAGGCGCCAAGGUACCAGCGUGAUCUCGUACAAAAACUGAAAAGUCUCCAUGCAGAACUUCAACAGCUACAGCCACAGGCUGGACAUUGUAGACUAGAGGUGUCAAGGGAAAAUAUUUUUGAGGAAUCCUAUAGACAGAUAAUGAAAUUGAAGCCAAAAGAUUUAAGAAAACGAUUAAUGAUAAAAUUCAAGUCGGAGGAAGGUCUUGACUAUGGUGGGAUCGCACGAGAAUGGCUGUACCUGCUGUCCCAUGAAAUGCUUAACCCAUACUAUGGACUGUUCCAGUAUUCAAGGGACGACAUAUACACCCUCCAAGUGAACCCUGAUUCUGGGGUCAAUCCAGACCACUUGUCGUAUUUUCACUUUGUUGGCCGUGUGAUUGGUAUGGCGGUGUUUCAUGGCCACUACAUAGACGGUGGAUUCACCAUGCCAUUCUACAAGCAACUACUUGGUAAACCGGUAUCUUUAGACGACAUGGAAGCCGUAGAUCCUGACCUAUAUAGAAGUUUAUGCUGGAUGUUAGAGAAUGACAUCACUGAUAUAAUUCAAAAUAACUUCGCUGUUGACCAUGACUGCUUUGGACAACUGACGACCUCUGAACUCAAACCGAAUGGCAAGAACAUACCUGUUACCAUGGAGAACAAGAAGGAAUAUGUGAGGUUGUAUGUGCAAUGGCGAUUUCUCAGAGGAAUUGAACCGCAGUUCCUGGCAUUGCAUAAAGGGUUCAACGAACUUAUACCACAGCAUCUACUGCGCCCUUUUGAUGAGCGGGAAUUAGAGUUAAUAAUCAAUGGACUUGGAAAGAUAGAUGUGGAGGAUUGGAAGACCAACACAAGGCUAAAACAUUGCACAGUGGAUUCGAACAUAGUGAAGUGGUUUUGGAGAGCAGUGUACUCAUUUGAUGAAGAGAAGCGUGCCAGGCUGCUUCAGUUUGUCACGGGGACGUCUAAAGUACCACUACAGGGUUUCAAGGCUUUGCAGGGAUCUACUGGUGCUGCAGGGCCAAGGCUGUUUACCAUUCACUUGGUACAAGACACUAACACAGACAAUCUCCCAAAGGCACACACGUGUUUCAAUCGAAUCGAUUUUCCACCUUACGAAUCUUAUGAGAAAUUUUUUGACAAGUUGACCUGUGCUGUAGAGGAGACCUGUGGUUUCACGGUUGAGUGAACAGAGACUUGUGGUUUCACGGUUGAGUGAACAGAAACUUGUGGUUUCACGGUUGACUGGAUAGACAUGGUAUCAGAAUGUCACAAUACAUGUCAGGAUGACAUGUCAUGGUCACAUGAUCAUUUUCUGACAUAGUGGUACCUAUGUGACCAAAUGUGGAUUUUAAUGCAUACUGCAAUGUGACUACAGUGGUGUCAGCACUGCAGCCUUGUGAACGUGCGGCUGACAGUAUAAGAACUUAUAAGGGCAACAAACAUAUACGAACACGAUAUUUUAUACAAUACAUCUGCUCUACCGACUAUCAAAAUAUGACGAUUUAAUAUUUUAUUUUUGAUGUUUACUAUUAUUGCAUAUAACUCUUCAGAAUUUAACGAUUUUACUGUAACAUUAUUAUUUGUAUAAAGAUCAUGCACAAAUGUAAAUUUAUUUAACUAUUAAUUCAAGAAGUGAUCAGUGAUGCCAUUAAGAAAGCAAUCCUUGUGAAGGAUAUAAAUAUUAAAGUAUUUACAAAUUGUUUUUAUAUCUUUUAUAAAUCAGUUGCCAUCACUACAGGUUGUCCACAUUCAUUAAUUUGCUCAAUUGACCUAUAAUUCAUGUGGAUGUGUUGGACAGUGGGUUAAACCAGAAGGGGUCAGGGGUCACGUAUAUCAGAAAGUCACAAAUUUGUCAUCAGUGAUCUUUCAUAAUUUAUAUGAGUGUACACAACUUUUGCUGGUGAAUUAUUUUAUAUUUCAUGACAAAGAAUUAUAAGAAUUUGUUAUCUGAAAAUGACAGUUUAGUUGGGUUGCAUGUGGCUUGGCCACAUGUACAUGUGAUUCAGUUACUUAGACAUUUGACUCAGCACCUGUACAUGUGGCUCUGCACCUGUACGGAUGUGAAGCUUACUUACCUGAUAAGAUGAAUGUUAGUGAUUACCAGAAGAUAUUGAUUUGUUAUUGUAGAUUUAAGAAUAUUUGUCAUUUACAAACAAAGCUAAUUGUAUUUACUUAUGUGUUAUUGAUACUUGUGUCUCUUAUAUGUUAAUGACAUUUGUGUCUCUAUCUUAUGUUACUGGCAUUUUUGUCUCUUAUUAAUGUGUUAAUAUUUCUGUAGAAAAAUGUUAUGUAUAUUUACAAAAAAAUAGAGGUGAAUUUGUAUAUGGUGUGUUAAAUGAGAGGAACCUAGGCAUAAUGGAUAUUUUCAUUUAAUAAAGCUAAGUACUGUAUUACAAUAGUAGAGAAAUUAUGUUUCUUGCAACGAGGACUAGUUGAUAACCUGAUUUAUAAUCAAGACCCCUAAUCUUGCUGGCUUGAGUGUCUUGGUUACCUGCUUUGCUGGUUUACAUAUCUUGCUGACUUAACCACUAGGAAGCCUUCAAUUGCAUGACAUGGGCGUAGAACUUAAUGACGUCACUAAGAAGCUAUCUGCGCAUGCAGGUAUGUUAAGUCCUCAUCGUGUGGAUUCUAGGAUGCAAUUUGACCAGAUCUACAUUGUACAGAGAACGUAGGACGGUCACGCAUGAGUGAAUUCAUUCUAGCGUUGUCGUCGUGCAAAUUAAAAGCUCCUUGUUGCAGCAUGUGGCAUGCUCAUAGUCUGAAAUCUAAAUCUUGUUUUGGUUUGAAAU